UUGAGAACUUUUCAUAUAUGUUUUCUGCUUUCAUCUAAAUUAAUUAAAUUUCAUAAUGUAACGAGUAUUUAUUUAACCCAAGUGACUUUUAAUAGAUUUAUUGCUUUAUGUCGCGUAAAUUUGUAGCAAUUCACACGUUUGUUAAUUGAUUUCGAGGAAUAAGAAAUAAUUGUCUGCUCAUUAUUUGGGGAAACCGCGCGCAAGUAUAGUAGUUGCAAUCAUAAUAUUAGAUAGGCCAGUAGCAGGAAACAAUUUAUGCGGCGAGGACUGCCUGGCUAAUGAUAAUGACGUUGAUUUCAAAAAAAGAUAGAAGAAACACGCGUUGGGGUAGGGAGUGGGAUAUUAAAAAAGAAUGAAACGAAAGAAGGGUCAGGUUCGUCACUCUUCGACGGCGCAUUCAGGGCGAUGGAAGUGUUGAGCAGGAAUGAUAGCAGCAGCGCCUCAAAUGCAUCAUUCAAAAGAGAGGAUCCGCUUGUGGACUUCAAGAGGAACGUUGAUGACUUCUUCCUUAUAACUAAUUCAAUUGUAAUAUGCUUAAUGCAAUGUGGAUUUGCAUGUCUGGAGGCUGGAUCAGUGAGGGCGAAAAAUGCCACCAACAUCAUGAUGAAAAACAUGAUGGACAUGUUUAUUUGCGGCGCUUGCUACUGGUUGAUCGGCUACUCGCUGGCCUUUGGCACCGGCUCUCCGCUAGUGGGCAUUGGAGACUAUGUGGCCGGCCGAGGUCUGGCCGCCGGAGCCCUUUUUUCACAUUGGUUCUUCCAAUUCACGUUUGCUGCCACGGCUGCGACAAUUGUCUCAGGGGCCGUCGCGGAAAGGUGCACCUUCGCUUCUUAUCUGACCUACAGUGCUGUCAUCUCAGGAAUUGUAUACCCAGUUGCAAGUCACUGGGCUUGGUCAGACGAGGGCUGGCUGUCUAAACUCGGCUACAAGGACUUUGCUGGCAGUGGAGUGGUUCACCUUUUGGGAGGCGUUUGUGCGUUCGUCGGCGCCCUUUUACUUGGGCCACGAACCGGACGCUUUGAUAAUAAGACCCCUCAGAAUGAAACUUUCGCAGGACACUCGACACCUUUGGUUGGCGUUGGAGCGAUGAUCUUGUUCACCGGCUUCCUUGCCUUCAACGGCGGGUCGCUGGGUCACAUUUCACACCACGGAGACGGCGAACUGGUCGCCAAAGUUUUGGCAAACACUGCCCUUGGCGGGGCUGGAGGGGCUCUGGUCACGAUGGCUCUUGGCAGGGCCGGACUGGCCGGACAAGCUGGAAAGUGGAGCUUUUUGAUUUCCCUGAACGGCGCUCUCACAGGAAUGGUUUCCGUUUGUGCAUCAGCAGACCAGCUCCAAUUGUGGGCUUCAAUCUUCCUAGGUGCAAUUGCUGGCCCUAUUUAUUGUUUCGUCAGUCAGGCACUAGUUCGAUUCAAAGUUGAUGAUCCUUUGGACGCCGUUGCAGUUCAUGGAGGCGGAGGAGUGUGGGGCCUCCUGGGAGGCGCCAUUCUUAGGUCAGACACCGUUGUCGCUGGCGACUUUGGCCUUGCUGGACUCCUUAUUGGUUACAAUUUGGUCGGCGUCCUUGCAAUUGCAGCGUGGGCUGGUGGGACUUGCUGCAUUCUGUUUGGUCUUCUGAGAAGAGGAAAUCUUUUAAGAGUUUCCCAAGAGGAGGAGCUCGAAGGCAUGGACCGGACAAAACACUCUGAACCUGCGUACCCUGGCCCACCCUGGCAUGUCAAGAACAACGCAAACGCUGGUGAAGUCUUCAGAAAUCAAGCUUUUGUCAGCGAGGAGUAGAAAGGAAUUUAAAAUUCACUUAUUUAUUUUUUACUUCUUUGUGUAAUUUUAUUGAAAUUAUAAUAUUCAGCACAACAUUGGCGUGUAGCUGCAGAAUUUUUCUGGCAAGAUUGAUCAAACUUAAAAGAAAAAAACGAGAAUCACAAAACGAACACAUCAACAGUACAAACAGACAACGGAAACAUGUGACUUGGUUCGGUUUAACACUUUGAUACAGUGGAUAAUUACGAGUAUAGACAAUGUGUCAAAAUCCAUGAGUAACAAAUGCGCAUCUUAUCACAAAAUAAUUUUCCAGGAAUACACAAUCGUUUAUUUUCCAUUUUCGCUUUUUCUUAGGAAUGCAAGUUUGAAAUGUUUUACAAAAACGUUUUUCACUCAUCAUGUUUCACAUCAUUACAAUUAAUAAUUCAUGUGCGUGCAUGUUGUUGUAUGCGCUGCUCACGUUACUGUUCUGUACUUUACUUCUUUGAUAUAUAAUCCAUUUGAGUCUACAAUAAUUUAAUCGAGUAAUUACUGGAUUAACAAAAAUCAGACCCAUUACAUCAACUACAACUAGAAAAAUCAGUAUUAUGGAAGCUAUAUAUUUUCCUGCCACCGUUUCCAAAGCAGCGUUCCGUUCCAAAUUAAUAUGACGAGAUUACAUUGUUCAAUACUUGUUUGCUUAUUGCUUUAGUGGUACUUAACGUUUGUGCUAUUAAUAAUUAAUAAAUUACCGACUUGUGAGGCAAACUAGAAAUUGUUUUGAUUAUCAUUCUUCUGCAACGAAAGAGAUACACAAGAACAAACAAUAAUACCUUUGUACGUAUUUUCAAAAGUUCCAACAGUUAACCCACCUUUCUACCUAAAUCUAUUAUAUUGGACUCUCUUUUUCUUUUCUACAGAAAUAUCAAUCUAUAAAUACAGUUCUAUAUAAUUAAUCUCAAUAACUAGCGUGGUAUCUGGGCAAGAAAAAAAAACGAUUAAUCUCAGCACAGGAACUCUCCAUUAUAGGAAUU